AUGAGAACCGUACUGUUACUACUCGCACAGUGCGUGGUGGCAUUAUCAUUCAUUCUAAAGGAUUCUAAUGACUAUUUGGUAAAGAAUCCAAUGGACAUACCCGGCCUGCACAAGUUUGAUAGUAUGGAUAUGAUACCUACUAUGUAUGCAGGCCAUUUACCAUAUUUGUCUCAGGAACAAUUAAAUACAGAUUUAAAUUUGCCUUCAGACUUCGGUUUCUUUUUCUGGAAAUUCAAUAAAUUAAAUGUUACCAAUAGUAAAGAUAACACUUUGAUAUUUUGGUUAAAUGGUGGCCCCGGGUGCUCAUCAAUGGAUGGUGCUUUGAUGGAAAUCGGUCCAUUCCGUAUAAACAUAAAUGGUGAAGCCAUAUCGAAUCCAGGAACUUGGAAUACAAGAUCUGAUCUUGUAUUUGUGGAUCAGCCAGUCGGGACAGGAUUCUCUAACGUCGUAAAUUUCAAUCAAUUUAAUGAUUUGACAUAUUUAGAAAACUUAAAUCAAGUCACUGACCAUUUCUUGGGAUUCUUGGAUAAUUAUUUCACCAUAUUCCCCGGUGAUUUAUCAAAGAAUAUUAUCAUUGCAGGUGAAAGUUACUCCGGUCAAUUCAUACCUUACAUUGCCAAGUCAAUAUUGAAAAGAAAUCAACGAAAAAAUGGUACUUAUAUUAACUUAGUGAAAUUACUGAUCGGUAAUGGUUGGAUUGAUCCACAAACUCAAUCACUAUCUUUCUUACCAUUUGCAAUGGAGAAUGGUAUCAUAGAUGAACAUGAUUCAAAUUUUAAACCUAUAUUAAAAUCUCAUGAAAAUUGUCAAAAUAAAAUUAAUAGUAUUGAUGAUCCAUCAAAAGAUGAACAAUUCGAAUACCCUGAAUGUGACGCCAUAAUACAUGAUAUCCUCAAAAUAACAAGAGAUAAAACUGUAAAUACAGACAAACAAUGUAUCAAUAUUUAUGACUAUGAAUUAAGAGAUUCGUUUCCAUCCUGUGGAAUGAAUUGGCCAGAAGAUAUACCAAACCUAGGUAAAUUUUUGAAUAAUCCAGUUUUACAAAAGACGUUAAAUAUAGAUGUUGAAUGGUUACCUAAGUGGGUGGAAUGUCAAAAUAACGUUAACAUCAAGUUAACUAAUAAAGGAUUUGAUCCCUCGAUCAAUUUAUUCCCAGACAUUUUAUCUCAAGGCUUAGAGAUCAUUCUUUUCAAUGGUGAUAAAGAUCUUAUCUGUAACAAUAAAGGUGUAUUAGAUUCUAUCAAUAAGUUAAGCUGGGGAAACAAAACAGGUUUCACUGAUGAAAUGGAAAGCUAUGACUGGGUUUACAGACGUGAAGAUAAUGAAGAGUAUGAUGAACCGGCAGGUUAUAUCAAUUACGAGAGAAACUUAACUUUCAUUAGCGUCUUCAACGCUUCACAUAUGGUUCCUUACGAUAAAGGUGAGAUUAGUCGCGGUAUCUUGGACAUCGCCAUGAAUAAUGUCCUUCUACACUCCAUGGGGAAGCGUUUAGCUUUGAUCACUUCCGAUCACCCUUAUGUGGAUGAUGAAGAUGCUCCUACUGGCUCAGAUAUUGAUAAUUCAGAUUAUUACGAGUAUUACGACGACUAUGACUAUUAUAACUACUACGACAAUGAAAAUAGCGGCGAGGAACCUGAUAAUGAGCACGAGGAGGAUGUUGAAAGUAACGGAUACUUCAGUGCAGUCAUAACACUCUCUAUGAUGUGUUUACUCGUAACAGUUUACGCUGUGGUUAAAUUUAGACACAAGCUAGCAUCACUCUUCAAGAAAGACAGCUACAUCAGAAUAAAUUCUCAGAAGACUGUUUCAUGGGCGGAUGACCUUGAGAUUGGUGCCGAUUUAGAAAUGAACGACCUAAACAUAAGUGACGAUGCCGUUCCAAUGAGAAAUAGUGACGAAUCGUUUGAGAUUGACGAUAUAUAA